AAACAGCCGAUACGGUGAAAACGAUGUCACAUUUACUGUCGAGUUUAAACGCAGAGCUGCUGAUGAUGAUGCAUUGCGUGGACCGCACUGUAAUUGGUGCGCGGUUUGGUACCACGUUUUGAUAACGUCUAGAAUAUUAGUCAAGCAAGCGGCUGUGCUAGUGGAUAUAGCCGACGAUAUAAGAUAG